AUGGGUUCGUGGGGGUUGGGGUUGUGGGUUGUGGGUUCGUGGGGUUUGAAGGGUGCUGGUCAUGAGGAAUGCAGGGAGAAAGGGAGGGGGAAGAUGAAAAUCGCAGGGGUGGGAUGGGUUCUGUGGGUUAUGGGUUCGUGGGGGCUGGGUUCGUGGGUUCUGGGUUCGUGGGGUUCACAGGGUGGUGGUCAUGGGGAAUGCAGGGAGAAAAGGGAGGGGGGAAGAAGAAAAUUGCAGGUGGGUUAUGGGUUCGUGGGGGCUGGGGUUCUGGGUUCUGGUUAUGGAGAGAGAGAGAGAGAGAGAGAGAGAGAGAGAGCAGUUGGUUUUCAAGAUGGCUUUGUGGAUUUUGACCCCAAAAUCCCAACUUUAACAGAAAAAUAG